UAGGUGCCGCUGGCGGGGCGCCGCGCUGCCAGGCGGGGGAGGGAGGGGAGGAGGAGAGAAAAAGCGAGCGGAGCGGGGCAGCGCAGCGCUUCUCCUCCCUCCUCCUCUUCCUCCUCCUCCUCGGGGCCGAGCCGAACCCUCCGCCCGGCGCAGAGCGGAGCCCGGACCAGCGGGGGCGCCACAGCCGCCCCGCCAGCCGGGGCUGCGCGCUGCCCUGCACCGCUCCGCGCUGCCAUGCCGCCGCCGCGCCGCCCGGGCAUGCCGCGUUCGCUGCCGGCCCCCGUCUCUUGCCUGCUGCUCGCCGCCCUGCUCUGCGGAGGAGCGGGGGCCGCUCGAGUUAACAAGCACAAGCCAUGGAUUGAAACAACCUAUCAUGGUAUAGUUACAGAAAAUGACAACAUGGUGCUCUUGGACCCCCCUUUAAUAGCCCUGGACAAAGAUGCUCCUCUGCGUUUUGCAGAGAGUUUUGAGGUGACAGUCACCAAAGAAGGUGAGAUUUGUGGAUUUAAAAUUCACGGGCAAAAUGUUCCUUUUGAAGCAGUGGUAGUGGAUAAAUCCACUGGUGAGGGAAUAAUACGCUCUAAAGAAAAGCUUGACUGUGAACUACAGAAGGACUACACAUUCACCAUACAGGCCUAUGACUGUGGAAAGGGACCAGAUGGAGCGAAUGCAAAAAAAUCCCACAAAGCAACAGUACAUAUUCAGGUGAACGAUGUUAAUGAGUAUGCUCCUGUGUUCAAAGAGAAGUCAUACAAAGCAACAGUUAUUGAAGGGAAGAGGUAUGACAACGUCUUGAAAGUGGAAGCAGUGGAUGCAGAUUGUUCACCUCAGUUCAGCCAGAUUUGCAAUUAUGAAAUUGUAACUCCGGAUGUACCUUUUGCUAUUGACAAAGAUGGUUAUAUAAAAAACACAGAAAAGUUAAACUAUGGUAAAGAACAUCAGUAUAAACUGACAGUAACAGCGUAUGACUGUGGGAAGAAGAGAGCUGCUGAGGAUGUGUUAGUUAAAAUUAGCAUUAAGCCUACAUGCAAGCCUGGCUGGCAAGGUUGGAGCAAAAGAAUAGAAUAUGAGCCUGGUACUGGUUCAUUAGCUCUCUUCCCUGGUAUGCGUUUGGAGACGUGUGAUGAGCCAAUAACUUCAAUUCAAGCAACAGUUGAACUAGAAACCAACCAUAUUGGUAAAGGCUGUGAUAGAGACACCUACUCUGAGAAAUCCAUUCACAGACUCUGUGGUGCUUCUUCUGGCACUGCUGAGCUACUUCCCCCUCCAAGUAGUGCUGCUAACUGGACAAUAGGCCUUCCUACUGAUAAUGGUCAUGACAGUGACCAAGUCUUUGAAUUUAAUGGCACACAAGCUGUGAAGAUUCCAGAUGGCGUUGUCACAGUCAAUCUAAAAGAGCCCUUCAUGAUUUCAGUAUGGAUGAGGCAUGGGCCUGGAACCAAAGAGAAAGAGACAAUUCUGUGCAAUUCAGACAAGACAGAUAUGAACCGGCACCACUACGCACUCUACGUACACAACUGCAGACUUGUUUUCCUCUUCCGCCAAGAUCCUUCAGAGGGAAAAACAUACAAACCUGCUGAAUUUCACUGGAAACUAAAUCAAGUGUGUGACAAAGAGUGGCAUCAUUAUGUCCUCAACGUUGAAUUUCCUGCAGUAACUCUUUAUGUAGACGGUGUUUCAUACGAUCCUUUCCCAGUGACUGAAGAUUACCCACUUCAUCCUUCAAAGAUAGAAACGCAGCUAGUAGUUGGAGCAUGUUGGCAAGAAUAUACAGGAAAUGAAAAUGACAAUGAAACUGUGGCUGAGACCUCUGCAGGUGGCGAACUCCACAUGGCUCAGUUUUUCCGAGGCAAUCUGGCAGGUUUGAUGAUUCGUUCUGGUAAACUGGAGAACAAGAAAGUGAUAGAUUGCCUAUAUACUUGCAAGGAGGGACUGGAUUUGCAGAUGGCUGAUGGUGUUGGCAAAGGCGUGAAGAUCCACAUGAACCCAAGUCAGUCAACACUGACCUUAGAAGGAGAUGAUAUUGACAGAGUUGAUAAGGCCAUGCAACACAUUUCCUAUCUGAAUUCUCGCCAGUUCCCAACACCUGGGAUUCGGAGGCUUAAAAUCACCACUGUUGUCAAAUGUUUCAAUGAAGAGGCUUGCGUCUCCAUUCCUUCUGUGGAGGGAUAUGUAAUGGUCUUGCAACCAGAGGAACCAAAAAUCAGCCUUAGUGGCAUCAACCAUUUUGCUCGCUCUGCUUCAGAGUUUGAGAGUUCUGAGGGUGUUUCCCUCUUUCCUGAGCUUCGCAUAAUAAGCACCAUUACACGGGAGGUGGAGCCAGAAGGAGAUGGAGAUGAAGAUCCUACAGUCCAAGAGUCUUUGGUAUCUGAAGAAAUCAUGCAUAACCUGGAUACGUGUGAGGUGACAGUGCUAGGAGAGGAACUAAAUCAGGAACAAGAAAGCCUGGAGAUUGACAUGACACGAUUACAGCAGAAAGGCAUUGAGAUGAGUAGUUCCAACCUGGGCAUGAUAAUUACAGGGGUUGAUACUAUGGCUAGUUAUGAAGAAGUUUUGCAUUUGAUACGCUACAGAAACUGGCACACUGUUUCUCUCUUUGACAGAAAGUUCAAAUUAGUCUGUUCUGAGCUUAAUGGACGUUAUGUCAGCAAUGAGUUUAAAGUGGAGGUGAAUGUUAUCCACACAGCUAACCCAGUUGAACAUGCUAAUCACAUAGCUGCACAACCACAAUUUGUUCAUCCAGUGCAUCACACAUUUGUUGAUCUCUCUGGUCACAACUUAGCUAACCCUCAUCCAUUUUCAGUUGUUCCAAGUACAGCCACUGUUGUGAUUGUAGUUUGUGUCAGUUUCCUGGUUUUUAUGAUUAUUCUGGGAGUGUUCCGAAUCCGAGCGGCACAUCAGAGAACAAUGCGUGACCAGGACACUGGAAAGGAAAAUGAGAUGGACUGGGAUGACUCUGCUUUGACCAUCACUGUGAACCCCAUGGAGACUUACGAGGAUCAACACAGCAGUGAAGAGGAAGAGGAGGAAGAGGAAGAAGAAAGUGAAGAUGGAGAAGAAGAUGACAUCACUAGUGCAGAGUCUGAAAGCAGUGAGGAGGAAGAGGGAGAGCAGGAGGAGGACCAACAGAAUGUUAAUAGACAGCAACAGCUGGAAUGGGAUGACUCUACCCUCAGUUAUUGAUUCUAGCUGUUCCCUUUGUCUUUACGUUUCUGCUCUAGAAGACUCCACUGUAAUACACUCCAUUGUUACCAAGGAUUCAUGGUGUUUAAAAAAAAAAAAAAAAAAAUCAUUCUGGCCAGUAGAUUCAACCCACACACAUCCCAGUGUUUGUGAUAUGUCAGCUAGUUCCUGAUGCUGUUGCUAGAAUUGUAGUUAGCACCUCUUUUCCUUCAGCCAUGCCUCAGUGACUGGAUUUUUUUUUUUUUUUUUACGCUAUGUGAGAUACCACCUUGCACUUUUUUCUUCAUGUCAUCAUCUCAGCUAAGUGACUCUACAGAUCCGUAGCCAUUGCACAUGAAUUUCUGAACUGUCUUUUUUGCUCAGUGAAACAAACUUGGCUUUGUUCUUUUUUCUCUUUCUAAAAGAUGCAAAGAUUGCUUGUUGACAAAGGGUAAAGCUGCUCAUUUCAGCCUGUUGAUUCCUUUUAAUUUUUUUCCCAAAUUAGUGCAUGUGUAAAGUGGCAGAAUGAGGUUAAUAUGUAGAAGAUUAACAGACUUUUUAAUAUUUUGUAAAUAUAUUGGAAUUAUGUAAUUAUGUCAUUUGUGGUAGUGAAAACAGGGAUUGGGGUUUGAAACAUGCUAAAGUAAAAAAUCAUGCAGCAUGAAAUAUUACAAGUCUCAUACUACUGCAGCAGGAGCACGGGCACAGUUAUCUAGUGUAGAUGUUUCAGUAAUACAGUGUCAUAUGCCUUGACUGCCAUAUGUUCGCUCAUGCCCCGCUCUGUUUUUUAAUUUUUCUUUCCUUUUCUUUAAUCUCAUUUAUUUUUGCAGAGGCAACAGAAAGCUUGUGAGAAAUUGUAAAGGCUUUAGGAACCUCUGCAGAGGUUCGACUGCCCUGUGCAAUACAGUUGUUUGUUUGUUUUUUCUUUUUUCUUUUGUUUUUCUCCAAGUCUUGGCAUAAGGGCUUUUAAGUUAUUGGGAAAAAACACUACUUGGAUGGUGGGCAAAUUAGUGUGCUGUUGCUGUGGUGUGUUGCCACAGCUCCUAUUAAUUACAGUGAGGCUGCCUGUAGUACAAUGAUGGUCUGUUCAUACUGCUGACAGGGCGGAUUAUUCAUUUAGUUGAUUGAUUGUUACAUUGGUAACUGAAGCUGGAAAGCCUGAUACCUUUGUACCUGUGCACCGUGGCUACCAGUCUACACAGAUGGGUAUUUUGGUUUUUUUUGGCUGUUCAGUUUUUCUAAUUUGGUAGUGGGAGGGUUUGGGGCAUAGCUGAUAUCAUUUCUAUUAAACACACUCCUGCUCAUUCCCUGUAGCCCCUUGUACAGUAACUUGGACUGUUGGUGUAUUAAGCCUUUGUUUACACUUAGUAAUUGUGUUUUCCUGCUGGUAAAAGAAACUGUAGCAUAAAUUAGCCAACCAGAAGACCUUGGGAAUCAUGCUAAUAUUAUUCCAAGUACGAUGAUUUUGGUUGUUUCUGAUCAAAAAGUUCAAACUUGGAAUUGCAAAGGACUUUUCUAAAGAAGUAGCUGAAAGGUACGAAAAGUAAGUUAUGACCCCAUGGUGGAGGAUGCUAGUUUUUUUGCAAGGCAGGUCUUGUUCAUUUAACUUUAUUUGGUCUUAUGCAGAGCCUUGAAUAAUGAGUAUCUGCUUACUUCAUUUUUACAUUUGGAGGUGGACUAAAAAGAGUAACUUGUUUUGCUUAUAACAGGAGACUAGGACUCCAUUCACUCCUCAGCACGGUAAGCAAAGUUCCAGUUUUUGAUCUUGUAUGUAGUCUGCCUUUGUUCUAGGUGCACAGACCACACCUCUCAUAGCAGGCUAGUUAGUGGCUGACAGUACACAGCAGGGACACGCUGCAUUGGGUAAGCGUGCUAGAAGAGCAACAAGCAAGCCAAAGGGUAGGGCACAAAGGGUCAUAAUUCAAAGAGAUAAAAGAUAAGGAUUGAUCCAAAUGUUUCUAUAGUUUUGAUUUUCAGAGCAGACCUAAUUCUCACCUAGUGAUGUGUGUAACGGGAUCUAACGGUGGGUUUUAUCUGGGGUAACGCUUGACUGCAGAGUGCCUUUUACAAUAGUAGAUGGACCUGGAAGCAGGGAAGAGAACCCACACAACUAGCUUACCGUUUUUUGGGGUUGUUUUUUUAUGUAAAAUUUUAGAUUUCUAAAAUGGGGAAAUGGUUUUGACUACUUAUGUGGUAAUAUAACUGCUAGUUUUAAGUAAACUGGGAAACUUUUAACUUAUGUCUGACAGUUGUCCUGUGUUAAUGUGUAGAAGACUUAUCCUUCCAUAUACUGUUGCUGUAGCUGCUGUAUUUUAGACCAAAACUGAUCAUGACUUAAUGGUAAUACUGAAAGGUUGUAAAUGUCCUGAUGCAGUUUGUAGCCACUGUGGGUAUAACUUUUCAGAUGUGUAUAUUGGUAACAGGUCAGUUUGGAAAGUCUAUAAGCUACAAUAAAUUUCUGGUUCUAAA